AUGAGCUCUCUGGCACAUCUUUAUCUCACUAAUAACCAACUUGAAGGAGGGGACCCGCAUUCUUUUGCCAGGUUAUGUAGUUUGCAAUCAUUGUAUCUCUCAAGGAAUAAUCUGAGUGGACAACUUUCUAAGUUUGUUCAAAUAUUAUUCUCUACAUGUGCUCAAAACUCAUUGGAGGAGUUGUAUCUCUCUGGGAAUGAUCUUGUAGGGUCUUUACCCGAUCUUACAAACCUUUCAUCUUUGGAACUCUUGUAUCUUAAUAACAAUCAAUUAAGCGGAGUAAUUUCAGAAAUUCAUUUCUCAAAACUUUCUAAAUUACAGUAUUUGGAUUUAUCUUCUAACUCGCUAGUUUUAGACAUCCAUGCUGAUUGGAUUCCUCCUUUCCAACUGAACUACAUACGUUUGGGGUCUUGCAAGAUGGGUCCAGAUUUCCCAAAGUGGCUUCAAACUCAAAAGGAUUUCUCAUACCUUGAUAUUUCUGAUGCUGGAAUUUCUGACAUCUUUCCAAGUUGGUUUUGGAGUUUAUGUCGUAAUGUGAGAAUUAUGAAUCUCACAAGCAACCAAAUUAGAGGUACAUUUGCAAAUUUGACAGUGGAAUUUUCAUAUUUCCCUAGACUACAUCUGAGUUCGAACAAGUUGGAAGGUCCAAUCCCUUCAGUUCUAUCAAUAACCUCAUAUCUAGAUCUCUCUUAUAAUAAACUUUCAGGGUCAAUUUCAUUCUUGUGUUCAAGUGCAGCUAUUUAUUUAGGCUUUCUUGACCUCUCAAGAAACAAUGUUUCUGGACAAGUUCUAGAUCGCUUGACACAUUUGGAGAAUCUAGUCAUGCUUGAUUUGAGUUACAAUGCUUUGUCUGGGAAAAUUCCUACAACAAUAGGCUCUGUAUUUCGGAUUGAAACACUCAAAUUAAGAAGCAAUAGAUUUGUGGGCCAAUUGCCUUCGUCGUUGAAGAAUUGCACAAGUUUAGUAGUUAUUGAUGUUGGGGAUAAUAAAUUAUCUGGACCAAUACCUGAAUGGUUAGGGGUUAGCUUAAAGAAUUUGGUUAUCCUGAUGCUUUCGUCUAAUCACUUCAAUGGAAGCCUGCCCUCACAAUUAUGCCAUCUAACACACAUUCAAAUUUUGGAUUUCUCUAUGAACAACAUAUCUAGAAGCAUACCCAAAUGCCUCAACAAUCUGACUACUCUAGCUCAGAUAGGACAUUCAGGUCAGGAAAUCACACAUUCUUUCGGAAAUUCAAAUUCAACAUAUCAAUAUGAGGAUGAUGCAACAUUCAUAUGGAAAGGAAGAAUGCAGACAUACAAAAACACUUUGGGGCUUGUGAAGAGAAUUGAUUUGUCAAGCAAUAGAUUAACAGGGGAGAUUCCAAGUGAAAUCACUCAUCUUGUUGGGUUGGUUUCUUUAAAUCUAUCGAGAAACCAAUUAACAGGUCAAAUAGCUCCAAAGAUCGGAAACUUGCAAUCAUUGGAUUCUCUUGAUUUGUCACGAAACCAUAUAGAUGGAAGAAUUCCAACAAGCCUUUCUCUGAUAGAUCGUCUUAGUUUCUUGGACUUGUCAUAUAACAACUUGUCUGGCAAAAUUCCAAUUGGGACUCAGCUCCAAGCCUUUGAUCCCUCUGUUUAUGCUGGGAAUCCUCAACUUUGUGGGCCUCCACUUAAAAAGAUGUGUGUUGAUGAAGAUGAAAGAGGUCCAAGUGGGCAAACUAACUUCAUCGACCAAGAGGACAAGGAUGAGCUAAUAACACUGGGAUUCUACAUUACUAUGGGGAUUGGAUUUGCUGUUGGAUUUUGGGGAGUUUGCAGCACCAUGAUAUUUUCAAGGUCGACUCAUGGAGAUACGCAUACUUGA